GACCUCUUUAAAUUGACUAGACGAGUAUACACGUGAUGGUCUUUAAUAUAUUUAUCGAAUUCAGAAAAUCAACUCAAAGCUGGAUCUUUCACAAUUUUUGUGAACGCGUCACAAAUAAACGAAUGUGUAUUUAAGUAAGACACUUAUCGUGUUACUCUAAUAUUUUUGUUACGAUCGUCAUGGAGUUAAUAUCUGAAGUGUUUGAACCGUUUCAAUUUUGGAAUAAUACGAUCCCCGCGGGAAGAAUUCCUCGGGAAGGUGGUGGACGAAAGAAAAUUUUUACACUGAAAGAAGUUGCUAGUCACGAUGAUAUUGAUGAUUGUUGGGUGAUAAUUUAUGAUCGGGUGUAUGAUUUAACCGAUUUUAUAAUGGAGCAUCCUGGUGGAUGGGAAGUAUUGAUUGAGAACGCCGGAAAAGACGCUACGAUUGCGUUUAGAGGAACUGGACAUAGUAAAUCUGCCGUGGAAAUGCUUGAAAAAUAUUAUAUUGGAGAUUUACCUAUUUCUGAAAGGAUAUUUAGGACGGUUAAUGGAUUUAAGUUGUCGGAUAUCCCCGAGUGAUGAUUUAUUCGUUCGAAAUUAUUUUUUUAUCCUAUUUAUUUCUAUAAAUUGUGUAAACGAUAAUUUUAUUUGGGUAUAAGAACAGUAUUAAUAAACACGUUUUUGAAAAAUCA